CUCAGCUCGCUGUUUCCGAACCCGAAACCUCGACUGCAGGAAUGCCAGUUUUCUGCCCAGGCUCAAGUGUGACAAUCUGAAGAAGGCAAACGGACGACUCCGGACAGGACUUGCAGGUGUGCAACAUGAAGAAACAGAGCUAAAGAUGGGGUCAGCAGUGUCAUCCUUUGGUCAGCUGUGUGGGCGGCAGAAAAAGAAAGAGGAGGAGAGACACUUUCGAGCCAAUGACAGACAUUACAACCUGUCUCACCGUUAUGCCAAUAACGCCAUUAAGACCUCCAAAUACAACAUCUUCACCUUCCUGCCACUUAACCUCUUGCAGCAGUUUAGGAGGCUCGGAAACUGCUUCUUUGUCUUUCUCUUCAUACUCCAGCUGAUCCCACAAAUUUCCUCGCUGGCCUGGUUCACCACGGCCGCCCUUCUCAUCGUGGUCCUCUCUAUAACGGCGGUCAAAGAUGCCACUGAUGACAUAAACAGACACAAGAGCGACAAAGAACUGAAUAACCGUGAAGUGAAGGUCCUCAUCAAUGGCGAACUUCAAAGUGAAAAAUGGAUGAAUGUUCAAGUUGGAGACGUCAUUAGGCUCGAAAAUAACCAAUAUGUCACGGCGGACCUUCUUUUGCUCUCCAGCAGUGAACCUCUUCAUUUAGUCUACGUAGAAACAGCAGAAUUAGACGGUGAAACCAACCUGAAAGUGAAACAGGCUCUGACUGUCACUGGAGAGCUGGGAGGCAGCAUUGAAGCACUGGCCAACUUCAAGGGAGAAAUAAGAUGUGAACCUCCAAACAACCAGCUUGACAAAUUUAAAGGCACACUAACAGCAGAUGGACAAAUGUACUCUUUGGACCACGACAAAGUGCUUCUACGAGGAUGCACUCUGAGGAACACAGAGUGGUGCUUUGGACUGGUUAUCUUUGGAGGUCCUGACACCAAGCUAAUGCAGAACAGCGGGAAAACGACGUUCAAACGGACCAGCGUUGAUCACCUAAUGGAUGUCUUGGUGCUUUGUGUAUUUGUCUUCCUGCUGGUCAUGUGCUCCAUUCUGGCCAUCGGUCAUGCAACCUGGGAGACGCAGAAGGGUUCAGCGUUCCACAUGUUUCUCCCGGGCGAACCUGGCGUCGAUGCUCCUCUCUCAUCAUUCCUCGCCUUCUGGUCCUAUGUCAUUCUUCUCAAUACCGUGGUGCCGUUGUCUCUCUUUGUUAGCGUGGAGGUCAUCCGUCUGGGGAAUAGUUUCUACAUCGACUGGGACAGGAAGAUGUAUUACCCCAAGUGUGACACUCCCGCCCAGGCCAGGACCACCACUCUGAACGAGGAGCUGGGUCAGAUCAAGUACAUCUUCAGUGACAAGACGGGCACGCUGACGCAGAACAUCAUGACCUUCAAUAAGUGCUCCAUCAACGGCAAAAAUUAUGGAGACCUGUUUGGCUGUUCAGGACAGAGGAUGGAAUUAAAUGAGAAAACACCAAUGGUCGACUUCUCGUGGAACCAGCUGGCCGAUCCAAAGUUCAUUUUCCACGACCACAGUCUGGUAGAAACUAUUAAGGAGGGCAACAUGGAGGCUCAUGCUUUCUUCCGUCUACUGGCUCUGUGCCACACUGUGAUGCCUGAGGAAAAGAUAGAGGGGGAGCUCCACUAUCAGGCUCAGUCCCCCGAUGAGGGCGCUCUGGUCACCGCCGCGAGAAACUUUGGAUUUGUGUUCCGCUCACGCACACCGGAGACCAUCACGGUCAUAGAGAUGGGCAGACAGGUCACAUACGACCUUUUGGCUGUGUUGGACUUCAAUAAUGUGCGCAAGAGGAUGUCCGUCAUAGUGCGUGACCCUGAAGGGAAGCUGACUCUGUUCUGCAAAGGAGCAGACACUGUCAUCUAUGAGAGGCUGCACUCCUCCAGUAACAAAGUGAUGGGCAUCACCACCACACAUCUCAAUGAGUACGCAGGCGACGGGCUUCGCACAUUAGUUCUGGCUUUCAGGGAUUUGGACGAGCGCUGUGUUAAGGAGUGGAUGCAGCGCCACCACGAGGCCAGCACCGCCAUUGAAGGAAGAGAGGAGAAACUUGAACAGCUGUAUGAAGAGAUCGAAAAAGACUUGUUGCUUCUGGGAGCAACAGCUGUAGAAGACAAGUUGCAGGAAGGAGUCCCACAGACAAUAGAGCAGCUGGCUAAGGCUGACAUCAAAAUGUGGGUGUUGACUGGAGAUAAACAAGAGACGGCUGAGAAUAUCGGCUAUUCCUGCAACAUGCUGCGGGAUGAGAUGAAGGAGGUGUUUGUGGUGUCUGCAAAUACAUCAGAAGGUGUCAAAGAAGAGCUACGGAAUGCCAGAAGGAAAAUGUGUCCAACAGCGGCCGAGGAACCAACAGUGACCAAAGCUCGUGCAGGCCUCCUCUGGCUUCGGAAGACAGAAACUGUGCCUGAUUGCAAAGUGGACGGAGAAUAUGCUCUUGUUAUAAAUGGACACAGCCUGGACUUUGCUUUGGAGAAAGGCUUGGAGCUGGAACUGUUGAGGACAGCAUGCAUGUGCCAAACAGUGAUUUGCUGCAGGGUCACGCCCCUACAGAAGGCCCAGGUUGUCAAGUUGGUGAAGAAAUAUAAACAGGCAGUGACUUUGGCCAUUGGGGACGGGGCCAACGAUGUCAGCAUGAUCAAAGCUGCACAUAUCGGUGUUGGUAUCAGCGGCCAGGAGGGCAUGCAGGCUGUCCUGUCCAGCGAUUACUCCUUCGCCCAGUUCCGGUACCUGCAGCGCCUCCUGCUGGUGCACGGGCGCUGGUCCUACCUGCGCAUGUGCAAGUUUCUCCAUUAUUUCUUUUACAAGAACUUCACCUUCACCUUUGUGCACGUCUGGUAUGCAUUCUUCUGCGGGUUCUCGGCACAGACCGUGUAUGACCAGUGGUUUGUCAGCAUGUACAACGUACUGUACACAGUUCUCCCAGUUGUUGGCAUGAGUCUCUUUGACCAGGACGUGAAUGAUCGCUGGAGUUUCCAGUACCCUCAGCUUUACGCCCCGGGGCCUCUGAACCUUUACUUCAAUAAGAAGUCUUUUAUGCGCUGCAUGAUCCACAGCUGCUUCAGCUCCCUCGUCGUGUUCUUCAUCCCUUGGGCGGCCAUGCGCGACACGGUGCGAGAUGACGGAAAAGACAUCGCGGACUAUCAGUCCUUCGCUUUACUGGUGCAGACGUGUCUGCUUGUUGUGGUCAACAUCCAGCUUUGUCUGGACACCUAUUAUUGGACAGCUGUAAACCAGUUCUUCAUGUGGGGCAGCCUGGGAAUCUACUUCCUCACCACGUUUGCCAUGCACAGCAACGAAAUGUUCUUCAUCUUUGCCUCUGUUUUUCCCUUCAUCGGUACAGCCAGGAGCUCCCUCAACCAGCCGAGCGUGUGGCUAACUAUAUUCUUGACAUGCCUCCUUUGUGGUUUGCCAGUGGUGGCUUUCCGUUUCAUGAUCAUCCAGCUGAGACCCACCAUCAAUGACAAGGUGAGACUAAAGGUACGUAAGGAGGUGUUGCCUGCUCCCGGUCCUCGCCAUCCACCCGCCAGGCGUAGCAGCACCCGGCGGUCGAGCUACGCCUUCUCUCACGCUGAAGGCUACGGUGAUCUCGUCACCUCCCGGAAGUUCCUGCCGAAACGUCCCGCAAAGAGUCGGCCCGCCCUGUUCGAUAAUUCCCCUUUGGCACAGAACAGACCUCAACUCUACCGUAUUGUGACAGAGGAAACCAGGUGAACAAGUAAUAAUGUUAUAGACAUCAGUGUGCAAGAAAUAUAUUAUACCUGAGGUCAUUAAUGGGGCUUCUGUGAGCCCCAGGAGGUCCUUAGAGGUACUGCAGGGGCGUCCAGAAAUUUUCCUUGAUUUGACUUUUUUUUAAUUCGCAAUUUAAAGCCAUGAACGCCCGUUGUCUGACUAUUUUUCAAUAUAAUAUGUAACCACUAGUAGUUUUUUCAUUUUAUUUUUUCAUUUAUUUCAGGCAAUGACAUUAAAAAAAAAAAAAGUACAAGGUAGUGUUGCGUCAGGCCAGUAUUCCCUCUCAGGGAAUUAAAGUCACUGUUCAAUCCCAAAUUCUUUCAGAUGACAUAUAUGCAGAGUAAGAAGUUCCAUCAAGACAGAAAAGGAAUAUUAACAAGUUUUCCUGAAGCUUCAGGAGACCAGCCCAGACCAAUACAUUCAUACCGGCUUCUCGAAUUGGUCUAACAUUCAAACGGAAAGAAACUACUUCUUGAAUCGGAAAGCAGUCCCCCCCAGAAAGGAAUGCC